GAAAUCGUGGAAGCUACCUUUUCUUUUCUUGAGCGAAGCUUUUGGUAGUUUACUCGCUUAGAGUUUUAUCUUGCAUGAUAAAUUGUUUUUUUAUUUUUUUUUAUUUUUUUUGAGGUGAGACAAUUGUGAUUGGAUAGUUGAAUUAACUAUAGCUUGAGAUAAAUAAAGAGAUGGGAAAAAAGAGAAAAGCUGGAAAGAGACAAAAUGCAUGACGACAUAGGAACUUGAACCAAAUUAGCAAUUAGUCAUUUGGAUGUGGAAUUUUCUCAUCUAUAUAAAUGUUGUCCUACUUUGCUUCAAUUGGCUUACCAAAAAACUCAGUGUUAUAUCACAAAUUAAUACACUUAGUUUCUGUAAGCCCACCUGCAACAUUCUUCAUUCUUACUGCUUCUAGAAUCAUCUCUUUUGUCCUAAUGAAGAUUUUCAGCUGGGUGCAUGACAAGCUCAAUGGAAGAUCACAAGCCAACAAUAGUAACACAAAUGUUUAUGCAUCAAACAAAAAUCAAACUCCACAAAUAGGAGGUCAGAAAGAGGAGUUCAGUGACUGGCCUCAAGGAUUUCUCUCAAUCGGAACUCUUUUCAAUAAAUCGUCGAAAGACGUCGAUACGACGACGAAAGAGAAAUCUCCUCAAAACCCAAUUCUAGACUUCACAUUGGAAGAGGUUAAAGAGCUUCAAAAGGAGUUGAACGCGUUAAUGUCUUCUAAUCAUCAUGAUUGUUUCUCGAGUUUUGAAACUUGUCCCUGUAAUAAGAAAGGAGACGACGAGGGAGAAGAAGAAGACGACGAAGAAGAAGAAGAAAUCGAAGAUCAACAUGAUACAACUAUUGUAACAAACAACAAAGGCAAAGAUGUUUAUUUGGACAACAAUGGUAGCAAACUAAUUGGUAAAAAGUCAUUGUCAUUUCUCCUUAAAAAAGCGUUCAUUUGUGGAGUUGGUGGGUUGGGCCCAACACCUAGUUUAAAAGAUCCAACUCUUCCAGUCCCUAAGUCAAGAUUAAGUAAGAUCUUGAGAGCGAUGCUUCGAAAGAAGAUAUAUCCUCAGAGUUCAUGCCCAACAACUACGAUGUCAAGGAAGAAAUGUUUGCGGGUGAAUAAUAAUAGACAAACAGGAAGAAUGAUCAACUACGAUGAUGAAGAUGAACUUGACGUUGAAGAAGAUAACAGAAUCAAAUGGGACAAGAGUGAUACAGAAUAUAUUGUUCUAGAGAUUUAAAAUCUAUUCACGUUCUUGGUGAUGGUUCUUCUCAUAUCAUUCAUCGUGAAACUCAACUUAUUCGAUUUGAUUCGAAGAAACCUUAUACUAGAGAGAACUCAAGGUUUUUUGGCUUCUUUCAUUCAUGAGCAGAGAUGAAAUUUGGUCAUUUUUUAUAUAUCUUGGAUUCUAAAGCAUCACUUUGACCUUAGGGGUGAUAUAUAUAUGUACAAGUUAAGGUCCAUUUUUUAUAACUUUUUUUUGUGAGAAGGGUACACUUAGAGCUUGAUGUA